AUGGGAAGCGAGGAAGAGAUUGAGUUCUUUGGAUUUGCACCUGUGACCCUAGUUUCUGAGCUACAGGGGGAGAUAGAAGGGAUUCUGAAGGAAGGGAUUGAGAAGCUAUCGUUUCUUGGCAAAAAAAAGAUACAUCGAAUGUCAGGGACGAUAUUGGAGUCUUUUCGUCGAAACUACUUUAUAUUUUCAAACUUUGUUUUGAGAAAUAUUCUUAGGUUUCCGAGCUCUUUCCAACCGGAGAGGAGAGUGAGCGAUGUUGUUGUGACGGUGGAUCUGCAGACGAUCACGGACGAUCUGAUGAAUGUACUAGAGUCUGAGGAUUAUUAUAGAGCAGAGAUUGAAGGAGUGAGGGAAAGCAUUGAGGUUGAAAGAUAUAGGGAAGAGUGGUAUAGAUCUCUUCUUGAAUGUUCUGAGUCUGUGGACGGCCUGGCCAGAAGGAUUACAGAGGUCUGUUUGGAGCUUGAGAAUGUUACGAGACUCUACAGCCAAAUGAGUAUGGUGAGCUGUAUUGGGGACGAGGAUUACAACACCUUCCUUGAAUACAGGGAAGUAAAGAGUAGCCUUGCUCGAAACGAGAGGGAUGAGCUUCUUGGGGUUGCAAGCGAGGAAGUGCUUUCGAUGAUGAACAAAUGUGUGGAAAAAUAA